UUUAAUAUAUAUUAAAAAAAUGAAAUAAUGUCAAAACUGAUAAGCUAACAAAGACGUUUCAACAACCACAUUUUGAAAAUACUCCACACCAAAGGGAAUCGAGGAGAUUCUUUAAGAUGGAGCGCAUGUGGCGAAAAGUGAACCACAGUUUGCGCAACACCAACAAGUCGCAGCAACCACAGCAGCCGGCGGGUGGCGAGGCAGGUGCCACUGUUGGUGGGCCCAGUGCAGCGGCCACGCCCCAAUCCACCGACACGAUUAGCUCGGCGGGCGGCUUUGGCGAUGGCCAGCUGGUGGUCGCCGUCCAGGGAUUGGCAGCCGCCGGCGGCGGAUCCAAUGCCACCGGAAGACGGCUGGCCAGCAGCGGCGGCGGCUGCAACAAGUCGCUCAGCCAACAUGUCCUGCAAACGCGUACCGCUUCCUCGGAGCGACGGCGGCGUCGCCGGCGGAAGAGUCGACCGCGACGUGGCGGCGGCAUGGGCGUCACCAGUUGCGUCGGCGACACCGGCGGCGAUAAUAUGUCUUCCUCGGGCGGCUUUUACACCCUGAAAGAGCACCAGCACUAUCGCCCCAGUCACCACCAUGGUGGGGGCGUGUCCGGCGGGGGCGGUGGCUCAUCGCGACGCCUGUUCGCCACCUCGGCGCCCAGUGGCACAGUGAUGAUGUAUCCGAAUCCCCAGCGAGCCACGCCGCUGGCACCAUCGACUGGAGGAGGCGGAGGAUCUGGUCCCGGCCAGGCAUCCACAUCGGUUGGUGCUGCGGGAGGAGCUGGAGGUGGAGCAGGAUCUGGAGGUGCAGCUGGAACUGGAGGACAACCAGACAUCUCACUGCGACAGCGGGCGGUGGCCAAGUUGCGCAUGUUCAACUUCCAUCUCAACUGGGACCUGCACAUGACGCACUGCAAACCCUGCGGUCCUCGACUGAGCGGCAGUGGUGGCAACAUAAUCACCCGCCGCUUGUGCCGCAAUCGUCGGCGGGAGGACAACGAACUGUACCGCUCCAAUAGCUUCAAGUUCGAGCGUUUCGAGCGCAAGGAGUGCCUGGAGGAGCUUUCCAACACGUUGAAGAAGCAGAUUGCCAUCUGUGAUGAUUACAGCCUGCCCGUAGACUUUGUUAAAAAACGACCGUCCAGCUUCGAUCCGUGCCUGGCGGAGGCGAUACCAGCGAAUCCCGAGCACUGGAUUGCCCCCAGUCCGCAAACCGAGUUUCUGCCAUUUGGCGAAGCCCAACAAGCGUUGCAACUACAAGCAACAGCAGCAGCAACAGCAGCAACAACAUCAACAGCAGCUGCGGCAGCGGCAACAGCACCUCAACUACCGCCCCCGCUGCCCGCCCCCGUUGCAACAUUGCCCAGUCAGGCGGCAACAACAGCAGCAGCAGCAACAGCAACAGCAACAGCUGCGAUUUUGGCCAACCACCAGCAACAUCAGCACUUGAGCAUCAGCAGCAGCAGCAACAACAACAACAACGGCAGCAACACACACAGCCAACAGAAUACGCACAGCAACAAUAACAACACAUUGCCAGUGGGGGCACAACAGCAACAUCAUCAUCAGCCGCAACGUGCAACAUUGCAACAUCCGCCGCUGCCAAAUAGCAACAUCAAGCAGGCAUCGGUGAAGUUGAUCGAAGGAUAUUCAGACCCAAAGGAUACGCGCAAUCAAAAGGUUUAUCACAAAAAGGCCAAGAAACGCACGGCUCCUGGCCACAAGCGCCAUCAGCAACAGCAUCAGCAGCAGCAGCAACAGUUGCAGCUGCAGCAACAACAGACAUUGCCGACGCCCAGAAGCUCACAGCAACAGCAGCAGCAACAACAAUUGCAUCAGCGACACUCCACCUACAACAACAACAACGGCAACUUAAGAAAAGAUAAACGGAAUAGCCAAUAUAAUUCAGACUCUUCGGCGCCGAAAUCCUCCGACGACGAGGCGGACAUAGACGAGGAGGUUGAACAGCAGCCGCUGCCCGUGCCGCAGCCUCCAGCCCAGACCGCUCCGCUGACAGCGGCGGGUCUCAAUUCCCCGGACUCCAUAUCCGAUGACCUGGUGCGUCCGCUGCCACCGCAACUUCAGCGCAGUCCGCGCAAACUGACCGUCGCCCCAGUGGAGCACAACAAGCGCCAGCCCUCGCCCUACUACUACUCCGAUCUGCUCAAGAGUCGCGACAAGGAUAAGGACAAGGAACGCGAUAAGGACAGGGAGGACUUUAAGCUCAAGUGCCGCCAGUCGACGGCCAGUGAACCGCCGCAGCAAACGCCCACGCAAUUGGCUGGCUACCGCAAGAGCUCCAGCUUGGAUGUGCCGCCGGCGGAGGAGCAGCAGCAUCAGCAGCAGCAGCAGCAGCAGCAGCAGCAGCAGCAGCAGCCGGAAGCAGAGAGCCACGAGGAGGAGGAUCCCCGGACGGGACAGGACUCGCAGUCGACGCCCAAGCGAUACAGUUUCACCGAGGAGGGUGUGCACAUCAUCCGCUGCGAGACGCCCAGCACCAGCACUUCCGAGGAGUCCGAUUGCAGUGAGUGCCUCAAGCGACGCGAGUGGCACGCCCGAGCCUUGGCCUUAGUCCGCAAGACCUGCAACGUUCAGCCAAGGAACCAGCAACAGAACCAGAACCAGAACCAGAACCAGAGUCAAAAUCAGGGACAGAAUCCCACUGGCAGCGAGCUCCAGUUGCAGUUGCAGCAUUGCGACGCCGGCGAGGGCGAGCUGCUCAAGUGCUGCCCACCGCCACCGGCUCCAGCGGAGAUCCAGGUGCAGGUCCAGCCGAUGCCACCGCACCGCCUGCUGGGACCAGCAGCCGUGUGCGGAGCCUGCAUCACAUCCGCUCCUGCCUCCUCCUCCUCCUUGGCCGGCGGACGGGGCAGCGAGCCCGGCGAUGAUCUGGAGGAGGAGUACUUCCGGCCGCGCAGCAUCUUCUAUGUGCAUCCGCAUGGCGUCCACGAGUGCGCCGAGUGCGCCCAGCCAGCAGUCCAGUCAGCAGUUAAAUCAGUCCAAUCAGUCCAAUCAGUCCAAUCAGUCCAGUCAGUCCAGACUGCUCAACCGCCAACGCUGCCCACGCUGAGCAAUCCAACGCUCGAUCUCUACGGCAACGACGAGGACGAAGUGGACGGCGACGAGGACGAGGACGAAGACGAAGAAGAGGACGACGACUCCGAGGACAUCAUGGGCAGCCGGCGAAGGCAGAUCUAUGAGACGGCCUUCGACUGCAAGAUAGCCAAGUCGGAUGACGAUCUGGAUGAGGUGGAUCGCAUCACCAACUGCUCGGUGUUGCUGCAGUUGAGCAAUGGCAAUGGCAAUGGCAAUGGCAAUGGCAAUGCCGCUGACCUUGCCAAGGUCAACUCACUGGUGGGAGGAGGAGCCGCCAAAACGCGGGCAGAGUGCAAAAGGGCCAAGAACUCGAAGAACCAGGCGCUGCAAGAGCAGACGGGCGAAGCCCAUGUCCAAGUGCAUCAGGUGCAGUCGGAGCUGGGCAAAUUGCAGCUCAGCCAGGUGGACCAGCAGAAUCAGAAUCAGAAUCAGGGACAGUCGGGAACGGCUGCUGGUACUGGUAGUGCUACUGCCACUGCCACUGCUACUGCUGGUGCACCAGGAAGUGGAGUAAGUGCAUCCAGCACUCAGCAGUUGCCGGUGCGAGGCUAUACCCCAUCGCCGCCCUCAACAGCUCCGUUGCCAAUGAAAUUCCCAGGCAAACAUGAACGCUACCUGAACAUGAACAGCAUACGGAGUGCACCCAAUCUGCCCGCCGCCAAUCCAGCGCAUCCGCGUCUCCGCGAUCUCCGCCUGCCCAUUCAGUCCAUGCGAAACCAGUGCGGCGGUGGCAACAACAGCAGCAAUGACAACAGUCUCACCGACAGCGCCUACGUGAAUCCGCCCUCGACCAACUCGAAUUCGCAUUCGAAUGCCGCCUCGGGUUCGGCCGUCGGAUCGGCUGGAUCUGAUCUGAUAUCGGCGACGACAGGAUCGGCCGCAGCCGUGGCCUCUGCUCCGCGGAGGCCUCGCUCCUUUGUCCUCGAAUCGGGCAGGGUGCUGGAGCUGCGACGCAGUGCCCAGGGCGGGCACCACCAUCAUAGCCACCAGUAUCAGCAUCAGCAGCAGCAGCCGGGAGGUCAUCACCACUCCGUGCACCAUCAUCACCACCAUGGCCGAAGGAGCCACCAUCAUCGCCAGGGUGCGGGGCAAACGGCCGCCGGCGGAGGUCACAACUACAGCAGCACGGAGAGCAUCGCCACCUCGAGCAGUGGCGGCAGCAUGGAGUCGCUGCGCAGCAGCACCAGCGAGGGCAAUCGCAGCACCUCCAGUUCCGAGUCGCGGCACUCCAGUUCGCUCAGCUCGCACAGCUCGGAGUCGGGCGGCAGCGGCGGCAGUGGUGGCUCCUCCAGCGUGGCCUAUCCCCUGCGAUCGGCAGCGCCGCCGCCGCCGCUGCUGCUGCAGCACUCCAAGCUGCACAUCCUCAGUCCCAUUUCCGACAAAUCCUCGCAGGAGCCGGCCUCGGCCAGUGCCUCCUCGGAGCAGUCACAGCAGCAGCAGCAGCAGCAGCAGCAGCAGCAGCAGCAGCAACAGAAGGCGCCCAUGGCCAUGCAGGAAGAGGAUUCGAGUGGAGCACCCGCACACCCAGAGAAAAAUCAUGGAGCCACACUGCAGGUCAAUCCCGUGGUGGUCUCCCUGAAGCAGCCGCGCAAUCGGGCCGCUCCCAACAAGGCCCUGCUCCAGCUGGCCGAUGAGCUACUGGGCUCGGACAGUGGCAUAUCGUUGCACUCGCGGGAGGAGGGCAAACCGCAGACCUUGGCCCUGCAGCGUUUGACGCUGCCCAAGCUGCAGUUGAUUGGAGCCAGCGAGGGCACAGCCACUUCCAGUGGAGGAUCUGGAUCAGGAGGCGGAGCAGGAGGAGGAGGAGGAGGAGGAGGAGGUGCCUCCUCAGCGGCAGGAGUAUCUGGAUCGGGCUCCACAGGCGCUGCAGCCGGCAUUCCGCAGGACCUGCGUGACCUACCCUUCGACAUGCCCAAGCUGCGACGCCGCAAAACGUUGCAACAGGAGGCGGCCUGCACUUCGGGCAGUGCCACCUCCGUCGAUCUCGGCGAGCUGCCCUUCGACAUGCCCAAGCUGCGGCGCCGGCUCCGGGCCAACCAGGCCGAGAUCAACAACCUGCUGAUGCACAGCACCGAGUCCAGCGGCAUCUCGCAGGCCUCCUCCAGCCACUCCAUGCGCGACGAUCACAAGCUGGCCAGCAAGCUGGAUACAGCACUUUUCCGGCAGAACCUCACCCUCAACCUAAAUGAGUCGCGCCAGGCCACCAAGCAGUUUGGCAGCCUGGAUCUGCGGGGUCUCAGCAGCAACAAGGAGCUGAACAUGAACCUGGGCCAGGGCUAUGUCACCGCGGUGGACCUAAUCGAUGUGACCAUUCCUCUGGAGCGCCAGGGUUGGUACCAUGGCGCUAUUACGCGAGUUGAGGCGGAGACCACGCUUCGUCCGCUGUCCGAGGGUUCCUUCCUGGUGCGCAACUGCGAGUCCACCAAGCAGGACUACUCGCUGUCCCUCAAGGGCGCCAAGGGCUUCAUGCAUAUGCGGAUCCAGCGCAACGAGACCGGUCAGUACAUCCUGGGCCAGUUCAGCCGUCCCUUCGAGACGGUGCCGGAGAUGAUCCGGCACUUCUGCCUCAACCGGCUGCCAGUGCGCGGUGCCGAGCACAUGUGUCUGAUCGAGCCGGUCAUCGCCCAGCUGCUCUAAGAGGAACUUUGGGGAACGGCCAACGGGAGCGAACCAAACAGAAUUACAUAUUAAUAGCGUGUAGUGGACUUAGGAACCUAUGUGAACAUGUAUGCACUAGUUAUAUUAUGCGAUAGUUGUAAAACGAAGAUGGCAAUUUUUUCAUGUUUUUUUUUUUGUCGGCCUCGAGUUUUGUAUGUCGGUUCUACUAGCAAACGAGCAAAAAAAUACAAA